AUGAAUACUCAUCCAAACCCAGCUCGUCCUCGUGACGAGCUGUACAUGACCAACACCAUCUCAGAAGAUCUGAGUAAAGAUGCAUCGCAGGAGCAACCGGUUCCUGCUUUGCUCAGAGGAAGAGCUCCUCUUUCUUCUUCUCCUUCUCCUCCUCCUCCUCCCUCCCCCCUCUUGGUGCAAGAAAAUCGUAAUAACCAGGAUCACUCAUUCCGAUUGAUGCUGCUAGAACAGCAGAACAACGCCCGGCGAAGCCAGUUGGCUGCAUCCCAGAGCAGCGCAUAUCAAAGACCAGUCGAGACUGAUAUCCCUUUCCGUCCUUUUGGGCCGCCGGUAGUCAACAACCAAAACAUGCCAGGCCCUUUUCCGCCGGGUCCUGUCUCUUAUGAAUAUGCCCCAAGUCUGGUGUAUCCUACCAAUUCCCCUUACGCUCCAGUAAGGAACCGUAUUCCACAAUCUGUGGACUCGUACGAUAUGAAUGCGCAGUUCUCAACCGCCUUUCACCCAGACACAUACACUCCUCCGAGCCAGGGAAUUAUAUCUCUAUCAGAGGCUAAUGACCUCAAGGCCCAAAUUGAGGCUCUUCGAGAUAAGGUCCGGGAGCUGGAAGGAAAACCUGCCCUGCCCAUAGCCUCAAAGUAUCAGAUCCUUUAUCGGAUUGAGAGGAUUGAGAAAAAUGACACCUAUCCGAGUGACAAUUACGGCAUGGGCGAUAGUGACGAUGAAUUCAGUCGUCCCAGGCCCAGACCACACAGGUCAAGGUCAAGGUCAAGGUCAAGGUCAAGGUCCAGGUCUCCAUGGAUGGGGAUUUAUACCGACCCCCCUGAGCUCAUCCAGCGAAACAUGGGUGCGCCAUAUCUGCGCUGCAAUGAUCCGCUGACCAACUUCGAGUUGUAUCUCGCUCUCAACAGAGACAUCGCUUUCGUGGUUUUCCGGAACUACAAAAGAAGGGCUGAGCGACAGUCAUCAAACGUAAUGUACGGCAAGCCAGAACCAUUUAGCGAGACUAUUCUUCCAGUUUCGGAAGAUCUCAAAAACGUGAUCGCAGCUUUCCUCAGUGGCAAAGAGUUUCGAUCCAUGAACAACAUCUACCGGACCGUGGGGGAGAUCCAGUCGCCUUAUCUUUUUGUCUACCAUAACCGGGGCGUUGGAGAAUCGGAAAUCAAACAAGGGCUGAGUGUUGAGGCGCAAAGGAAAUUUGAACUCUUCAUGGGCUAUGUCCAAGAGGCAUACGGCGAUGAGUAUACUGCAGCAGACCUACUUUUGGAGAAAGGUAAAAUUCGCCCAGAAUACGUUCAAUACCUGUUCAAGCCCAAUGAAGUCCUGGUUUCGAAUAAGGAUAAGGAGCAUAUAGGUUAUGUAGCCACGGGCUGGCCAUCCCAAAGCUCAGACAUUCAUGGCACCAGCAAUGCUUGUUGGUUAAUCGGCGCCGAGACCUUGGAGUUCAAUGGCGAGUUUUGUAAAUAUUGGACUAAGCUCACUUUUGAGAUGCCAAAGUCGCAGCACGCCAUGGAGAUGCCAAAGUCGCCUCAACUGGAUUACUUGUCGCACAAUUCUAGCCUUCCUCUACCCCAUGGUGACUCAGACAAUGAGUGUGAUAUUACGGAACUUGCGGUAUUCCCAAUCAAGUAUGCUCCUGAUCAUCUUGUCCGGAAGCUCCAGCGCCGUGGGGAGAUUUUCUGGUCAUUCCGCACACAGAAGUAUGUGUCCUAUCAGGCGACUGAGGAAGAAAAUUUCCAGACUAUGGCCGACGACCGAUAUAUCAUAGACAUGAAGACAUACAAAAGACUGCACCCAACCUCGAGCGGGUAUUGGAAUGACGAACCACGCAGAAAGAUGAUCGAUGACCGAGUCGUGGCCAGAGAGCAACCCCCGCUAGAGCCGUUCGGCAUGCUGAUGCCCCCGAGGAUAACUGGCUUCAACCUCCGGCGCAAGAAAUGGUUCGAUCUCUCAGUCGACCGCAUCUCGCAUGUCGAGUGGAACAAAGAUGCCUUUGAGAGUCUAGCCAUCGACUCCAAAUCCAGAGACCUUAUCGAAGCACUGGUGACCAACUACGUGGAGCCCGAAUACUCCGCCGAUCUGAUCACCGGAAAAGGCAACGGGCUGAUCUUGCUUCUCCACGGCGGGCCUGGAACAGGCAAAACACUGACCGCAGAGAGUGUGGCUGAAAUAGCUGAGAGGCCCCUCUACCGAGUCACAUGUGGCGACGUCGGCACCAAGCCAGAGGAAGUAGAGAAGUACCUCGAGUCCGUGCUACACCUGGGCAAGAUCUGGAACUGCGUAGUCCUGCUCGAUGAAGCAGAUGUUUUCCUCGAGCAGCGCGGGAUGGAAGAUCUUAACCGAAAUGCGCUAGUAUCGGCAUUCUUGCGUGUGGUGGAGUAUUUUGAGGGAAUCUUGAUCUUGACCACCAACCGGGUAGGCACAUUCGAUGAGGCGUUUAAAUCGCGCAUCCAGCUGGCACUGCACUACCCCCCUCUCGGCGAGGAGCAGAGACGAAUUAUUUGGAAAACUUUCAUCAAUCGGCUAGAUAAGUUUGAUGAAGGUGCUAUUGAUAUUGAGAAUCUUAUGGGAAGCUUGGAUGUGCUUCCGAGGGAGAAGUUGAAUGGUCGGCAAAUUCGGAAUGCCAUCACCACUGCUCGUCAGUACGCGAAGUGGAAAGGAGAAGUUCUCGGAUAUGAUCACCUUAAGGAUGUGAUUGAGAUAUCUGCAAGAUUCGAUGACUACUUGGAGAAUAUUCACCGCGGUGGUCUCAUGCAGUAUUGA